AUGGGAAAUAGGGCUUCUAAUCAUGAAGAAAUAUCAGCUUUUUUAUCAGAAUUUGAAUAUUAACAGAAGAAUUUCUCUAUUUAAUAUGAUUAUCCUUAAAGAAAAGUAUUUAAAGCUGCAAAGAAAAGGAAUUAGAUUUCACAUAGUAGUAAUCGUAGAUGUUCAUAAAAUAUUAAAAAAUCUUUGGAAUAUAAAGUAGAAGGAAAUCAUUAUAUUUAAUUAAAACAAUAUAAAAAAGCAAUAGAAUCAUAUACUUAAGCAAUUGUAAGACUUUAUUAUAAUUAGAACUUAUAUGAUCGAGACUCAAUUUAUUUUUCAAAUAGAUCUGUAGCAAAUAAACUUCUAAAUAGAUUCUAAGAAGCUAAGUAAGAUGCUGAAAAAGCUUUGAAAAUUGAUGAACAUAAUUCUAGAGCUCAUUUUAUUUAUGGAACAAUCAUUCUAAUUGAAGUUUAAAUGUUUCCUGAUACCACAGAAUCUCUCAUUAAAUAAGCUUAACUAGGUAUUAAAGAACUAGAAAGUGGUAAUUUAUAUUUAAUAUAUAAAAUAGCAUAAGAUUAAGUUAAAAUAAGUAAGAAUGAAUAAAAAAAUAAAUUAAGAGUGUUAAUCAAUUAAAAUUUAGCUAAAGGUAAAAGGAUGAUCUAUUUAAUAAGAUAAGAAAUUGAUAAAAGAAGUAUAAUAAAUUAUAAAUUAAAUUAGAUAUCUAGUCUCUAAAAUAAACUCUAUUAGAUAUUUCACAUCGUUAAUAAUUGUAAUUAGAUUGGAAUUUAAUUGAAUAAAAUAUAAAAAGAAAAAUUGAAAUCUAAAUGCCAGAAUAUUUUGUUUGUCCAAUAUUAUUUGAAAUAAUGGAAGAACCUAUCCUUCUCAAUUCAGGACUUUCUUAUGACAAAUCAAGUAUUCAAUAACAAUUUAGACAAAAUGGUUAUAUUGAUCCUCUAACAAGAUAGUCCAUAGAUCCUUUGAGUUUGAUUGAAAAUAUUCAACUAAGAAAUGGUAUAAUAGAAAUCAAGAGAGAAUACGGUUGGAUUGGGAUUGAACAUGAAAAGGAUUAUAAAGCAAUAAGAUUUGAGUGA